CGUUGUGCUUACUAUUGCAGACAAUAUCAUGAAGUUCUUGGGACUCUUGUUGGUGAUCCUGGCGGUCGCGAGGGCGAUGCCAGUGGCCGAGGAGAAGAAGCCGGAGCCGGUGAUGGGUGUCGUGCCACUCGAAAAGUCCCUGCAGGAGGAGAAGCCCGUGCAGGCCGAGGAGCCGGCCAAGCUGCCAGCCACCGAGCCCGCCCAAAUUGCCCCGCAACAACCGAUCGAGCAGCCGCGCUCGGCCGCCAUCGCCGAGGACAAGCCGCUCGUUGUGUCCCAGAAGGACGAGAAGAUCGAGGAGCCCGCCCCCAAGUCCGCCGAGCCCCUGCCCGAGAAAAAAAUCGACCUCGAGGAGCCCAAGAAGCCUGAGGAGGAGAAAAAGGCCGCCCCCGAGCCCGAGAAGAAGGCCGACGAACCCAAGGAGGAACUCAAGCUCGCCCCCUCCGAGCAGGUUGUAACGGCCGCCGCGGAGACCAAGAAAGCCGAGGAGCCCAAGGAGCCCGAGGUGGCCCCUGUGGUCGCCGAGCCCGUGCAGCCGAUCGCCAGCGCCGUUAGCUCCGAGGCAGAGCCCGCCCAAGCCAAAAAGAUCGACGAGCCGAUCGUCGCCGAAAAGAAGGAAGUCGCCACGAGCCCGAUCGCCCCCGAGCGAGUGACCCGCGAGGCCGAGGAAGCCGCCAAGCUCGAGAAGAAGCCCGAGAUACAGCCCGCCAGUACCGCCCCGGCCGUCGUCCCCACUGAGGCCGUCAUCGCCGAGGACAAGCCCAUCGAGCCCGUCAAGACCGAGCCCGUAGUCGCCGCCGCCGCUCUCCCCGAGGCCGAGCCCAAGAAGACCGAGGAGCCCGCCCCCGUGCCCGCCGCCGAGAGCAUCAACAAACUCGCCACCGACGCCGUAGUCGCCGAGGCCCCCAAACCCGAGGAGCCCCAACCCAUCAAGACCGAGCCCGUCGUAGCCGCCACCGCCGUCGAGCCCACCCCCGCCCAGCCUGCCCAGGAGCCCGCCAAGGAGCAGCGCUCCCAGGACACGGCCACGCUCGCCGCCGUAGAGCCCGAGAAGGCGACGGCCCCCGUCACCCCGGCCGAGGAGCCCCAGAAGGUGUCGCCGGUGGUGGCCGAGAAGACGGCCAAGAGCGCCGAGGAGCUGCCCAAGCCCCAGGAGGUCAAGGACGAGGCCACGGCGGCGGUGGUAGCGGUAGAGCCCGUCAAGGCGGAGGAGGAACCGAAGAGCCCCGAGCCCAUGGCCAAGAAGGAGGAGGAGAAGCCGACGACGCAGGCCAGCAGCUGCGCCGGCAGCGAGGAGUGCGACUGCGGCAGCAGCGAGGAGGACGACUCGAGCGAGGAGCAGCCCAAGAAGGACAGUUGCAAGAAGAAGCUGGCGCCGAUCAAGGCGAAGAAGGAGGAGGCGGAGGAGGUGGUGACCGGCAAGUCGGCGGCGCCCGCGCAGGCGGUGGCGGCGCAGGUGCAGCCCGAACAGCCAGAGGCAGUGGCCAAAGCAGCAGCAGCGCCCUUAUCUUAAGCUGGGGGGCUCGAACCUCUUUCUCUCUACUGUCGAUGAUCCGGUGGCGAUGACGAUGACGAUGAUGAUGAUGAUGAUGAUGAUCGGAAGCGACGAUUGUACACUUGUAGCGCGAGAGUGUGGCGCGAAUGCGUGAAUGUAUAUUGCGAAUACUGAAGUUAAAAGAUAACGAGAGAAUGAGAUGCACAUGGGGUGAUGAUUAUAUUAUAUACUUAUCGUGUGCGGCAAAGCGCGCGCGUGCGGUUCGUUUUUUUUUUUUUUUUUUUUUUUUUUUCGCGAGCCGAUCCCGCGGACGGGCGUGGCGAGUCUCGCCGAAUUUUGGCGAGUCCCACCCAGAGAUCCUCGAGACUCGCGACGCUCCCGGGCGCUCGACCAGUUGGAAGAAGAAGGAGAAAAUCAUGAAGAAUAAUGGAAACGCGUUCGUCCCGGCGGACACUGGUGACUUUGGUUCGCAUGGAACGUUCGGUUUCUCUCUACUCGAUCAAACACUGAUCUUUACUUUGUCCCUCGGUUCUUACGCACCUUCGUCUUCUCUAUACUGCUCUUGCCCCGUCCCCUCUCCCCCUUACACUUCCCUCGAUCGUCACUGUCCUUUCCUUUUUAUUAUUAUUAUUAUUAUUUUUUUUUUUUUUCUUUAACGUUAGCACCACGACGACUACACGCAUCAUCGUUACAAACGUAGAUCCCCUGUAACCCGCCCAUCGUCAUUAUUAUUUCCCAUACACGUUUAGUACCCCGUUCCACCUUACCACCCCCCCCCCCUUU